AUGGUCUUAGGCAUAAUCACGUUGGCCACGAUGGUGCCGACGAUGAUCGGCUUAAACGAGGCGACCCAGUCGACUCGGGACAACGAGGAAACCAGACGCGAAGCUGCCCGCAGACAGCGUUGCCAUCUGGUGGCCACCUGCGACAUACGCGAAGGCACACAGGAGCAACGCCAACAGGUGCACAAUGCGCGAGUAUAUCUUGGACCGGACGGAAAGGUACACACGACGUCCUACCUCUACAUCACAAAACAUCCUCCCCCCGAAUUCGUUCCCUUCAAUGGCCGCUUCUUCCAACACCCGUUAUUUCCCCCGGACAACACCGCCGGACUGGUGACGAUGUCGGGGGAGACGCCGCCCGUGCUGCGAUGGGUCUUUGUGGACGCACAAACCCACCAAGUGCGAUGGGGCGGCCGACAAGACAGCGAGGGACACCUCUGUGGACCGUAUGAUUGGACCCGCGACGAAGCCCAGAUCACAUUGGAAGGCUGGGAGGGGUGGCUGGCGGUUCGAUUUCCCGAGGAUCAGGCCCGAGAGCACGGCAUGGGGGGUUUGUGGAGCGGCGGCAAGGACAUCUGGCGAUUGUACUUUGAUCAGAAUGACGAUGGCGCGGAUCUGCCAGGCGACGCACAGGCGCUGGAGAUCUGUCUCGCUCGUGUUGCUGCAGAGUCAUGA